AUGUGGAGACAGGUGAUAACCCGGUUCGGCAUCCCAGAGGUCGUCAUCUCGGAUAAUGGAACACAAUUCACUGACAAGAAGUUCACGGAGCUCCUCACCGGCCUAGGGGUAAAACAAAAAUUUUCCUCAGUUGAACACCCCCAGACAAAUGGACAAGUAGAGUCCGCAAACAAGGUCAUCUUACUUGGCCUUAAGAACUGCCUAGACAACAAGAAAGGUGCAUGGGCCAACGAGCUCGCUUCGGUCCUGUGGUCCUACCGAACAACCGAGCAAAGCACUACGGGAGAAACCCCUUUUCGCCUAACAUACGGGGUCGACGCCGUGAUACCCGUCGAAAUUGGCGAACCGAGCCUGCGGCUACUGCUCGCAGGUGUGGACGAAGCAGUAGAAAAGGACCUGGUGGAGGAGACGAGGGAGAUGGCCCAUUUGUCAGAAACAGCGUUGAAACAAAGAAUAGCCCUGCGCUACAACGCUAAAGUCCUCAGGAGGGAUUUUGGGGAAAGAGACCUCGUUCUGCAACGCAACGACGUCGGUCUGCCGACCCUUGGAGAAGGAAAGCUGGAGGCAAAUUGGGAAGGUUCUAGAACAUGGAAUGCAGGUAACCUGAGAAGGUUCUACUCCUGA